AUGCCGCUCCACAUGCCGUACCACUCCACGAUGGACAAGGAGAUCACGAAAGCCGCGAGCAUCCUGGACUCGUGCUUCCGCUCGACCGUCAGCGCCGACGCGGCCAUCCCUGCCGAGCUCAUCCAGACCGCAGCAGGUCUCGCCUUCCUCACGGUCGUGAAAGCCGGAAUGAUCUGGACAGGCAAAAUGGGUACAGGGCUGGUCAUCGCUCGGCUGGAAGACGGGUCGUGGUCGCCGCCUUCUGGCAUUGGCACAGCUGGCAUGGGCUUUGGCGCUGAGAUUGGCGGAGAGAUCAUUGACUUUCUCAUUAUAUUGGGCUCGCCUCGAGCAGUCAAGACGUUUAAACGAGGCACGCAAGUCUCGGUGGGUGCGGGACUGGAUCUGGCCAUUGGACCUGUUGGACGAACUGCUGGAGCUAGUGUCAAUGCUGGAGGAGGCGGGGUCAGUGGCAACUACACGUACAGUCACGCCAAAGGCGCGUUUGCUGGCGUGGGACUGCACGGCUCGACGUUUAUGGUCCGGGGAGAGAUGAACAGUCAGUUCUAUGGCCGCAAGGUCACACCUAAUGAGAUUCUAAGUGGCCAAGCGGCGCCUCCGCCGGGAUCCUGUGACGUCCUCUACGAUGCCAUUCGAAGGGCGAGCCAGCAGCAAGGACUGGGUGGACGUCGUCCUUCCACGUUUCUUGGCUCGAACGAUGCUGGGUACGCAAACAGCUACCGUGGCAGCAAUGGGAUGCCAGAUGCUGCUGAUCAUGCUGCUGCAGCCCGUGCAUCAUUGACGGCGGGCAGUUCUUCCAGUUUUCGAGGCUCGAGCUAUACUAGCGGUAGUAACAGCUACCAUGCUCACAAUGAGACGCCAGGUGCUGCCGAUCACGCUGCUGCUGCACGUGCAUCGUACGAAGCGAGUGGCCCGUCUCCGCGUUUGAGCUCAAAUCGUGAGUCGCAGAUGGCAGCGUCGUCGACGUCGAGGCCCCUCCCAGUAGCAAGCGCCGUGCAACCGGACCCGAACGACCCGCGGCUGAAACGAUACAGCACGUACAAAACAGAACGGGAACUGUACGCGCAGUUUGAGCAGCAGAGGCGUGGAAUCCCUGCUUCCGUGCCGACUGAGUCGACACAUUCACAUCCGACCGAUCCGUCACUGAAGUAUAAGUCGUACCCGGCCCCGGCGCCCAAUACGACCUAUACAGCACCUCCACAGGCAGAAGCCAUGUAUAAUUCGUUCGUGAAGCCAUCCGUUCCCAAGGCGCCGCAGCAGCCUGUGCCACCCCUUCCACCGCCUGCAAAGGGCGCUGAGAUGAAGCAGGUGUAUGCGGAGGUCAUUAAUUUCGUGCAGACCAAGUGCCCGUACGCAGACCUGCAGCUGUUCAAGGAUAAUUGCCGACUCUUCGGGCAGGACACAAUGUCGCUUGCUGCAUACUUCAGCUACUUGCUAUCAAUUUGCUCACAUUCACUGCUCAAGGAGCUCGUGCCUCAGCUGGUACGUCUACUUCCCACGCAAGAGAAGCGCGAACACGUUUGGACGUUGUAUGUGCGCGAAGUGCUGCUGAUCAAUAUCUGA